AUGGACGGGCUCGAUGCGUUUGAGAAGUCGCUUGCUGCCGACAAGGCGCAGCGCGACCGCGACGACCGAGACCGCGAUGACCGACGCCAUCGCAAGCACAGGCACCACCACCGCCACGGCGACGACGACCGGGAGCGCGAUCGCGACAGGCAUAGACACAGGGACAGAGACAGGGACGGGCAUCGGCGCCAUCGCGGCGACGACGAAGACGGCCACAGGCACAAGCGCAGCCGCCGGUCUCACGAUGACGACAGCCAUCAGUCCAAGCGCGACCACGGCGACGACGCCCAUCGCAAAAAGGGCGAUCCCCAUGAGGACCUUCCGUACCCCGACGACGAGAAGACGCCGGCCAAAGACCCCGUCGACACAUCUACUUCAUCGCUGCAGCGCGACGCGUGGAUGACGGCGCCAUCCGCCCUCGACGUGGAGCACGUCCACCGACCCGACCGAAAGCCCAAGUCGCCGCCGAGAGAAGAGCCAAAACGCGUCAUCCACAAGCGCGAGCUCAAUGCAGGCCACCUACAAGCCAUCAACGACGGUACCUCGCCAUCAGAUCCCACGCUAGUGUCCGAGCGCAAAGUCGACUACACCUUUGGCGAUGCGGGCUCGUCGUGGCGCAUGACCAAGCUUCGGGGUGUCUACAACACGGCCGAUGAGAGCGGCAAGUCCAUUGAUGAGGUUGCCAUCGAGCGAUUCGGCAGUCUCGAAGAAUUUGACGAUGCCCGAGAGGAAAAGGACGAGCUGGAGAGACGCAAGAUCUACGGCGAAGGCUACAAGGAGCGGGAAAAGCCCACAGGCGAAUUGUACCGCGAGCGACUGCGAAAGAAUCCCGUGAGGGAGCCUACGCCUGAGCCCGAGCAGGGAACAGUUAUUCCGGAAGAAGCUUCGCCAGCAAUGGACCAGACGGCUCUCAACCGGCUCCGGGCGCAGAUGAUGAAAGCCAAGCUGCGCCGCGCUCCCAACGCGGCUGCACUGGAGGAAGAAUACAACCGAGCCGCGGCAUCGUUUGCGUCUCGCGCCCCCGCCUCAGACGCCGUCGUGCUAGGAGUCAUGCACAAUCGCCAGCUGGCAGGCGCUCGCGGCGAAGUCAAGGCCGUUACGAACCGGCGCGGGCGCGAGCGCGGAAACGUCGAGGAGAACACCGACAUGACCAUCGAGGACAUGGUGAGCGAGGAACGGCGAACAAAGGGCCAGGCCGGCGGCGAGGGCAUGCGUCUUGCCGAGCGCAUAGCCAAGGACGGCAAGUACGACGACGACCUCGAGUACAUGGACGAGAACGCCGAGAAGCUGGCCAAGCGCGUGCACAAGAGCGAGAUCAACCUUCGCAACAUGGCCGUCAAUGAGUUCCAGAAGAUGAACAGCAUCCUCGAAAAGUGUCCGCUCUGUCACCACGAGGACAAAGGCCGUCCGCCGCUCGCACCAGUCAUUGCCUUGGCCACGCGCGUCUUCCUUACACUCGCCACGGAACCGGAGGUAAGCGAGGGCGGGGCCGUGAUCGCACCCAUCUCGCACCGCGCCAAUCUGCUCGAGUGCGACGACGACGAGUGGGAGGAAAUUCGCAACUUCAUGAAGAGCCUGACGCGGAUGUAUCACGAGCAGGGCCGCGACGUCAUCUUUUACGAGAACGCGGCAGCGCCUCAGCGCAAGUUACACGCGGCCAUGGUGGCAGUGCCGAUCCCAUACGAGGAGGGCGCGAUGGCACCAGCGUACUUUAAGGAAGCGUUCUUGUCGUCGGACGAGGAAUGGUCGCAGCACCGCAAGGUGAUUGAUACAGAGGCCAAGGCGCGCGAGGGCAUGGGCAGGAUGGCCUUUCGGCGGUCGCUCGCCAAGGAGAUGCCAUAUUUCCAUGCCUGGUUCAGCCUCGACGGCGGCUUGGGUCACAUUGUCGAGAACGCGGACCGCUGGCCUCGCGGCGAUCUCUUUGCGCGCGAGGUCCUCGGGGGUAUCGCGGGCGCUGAGCCGCAGGUGAUUAAGAAGCAGGGGCGAUGGACAAGAGAGGAUCCGAGAAUCGAUGGGUUCAAGAAGGGGUGGAGGAAGUUUGACUGGACGCGGGUACUGACUGAAGGGUGA